UUUUGUUAUUUUUGACUAUAUUAACCCUCCUCUCCUCCCAUUCUUGUCCAAUUAAAACUCUUCUAGAAGAUAAAUAGAUAAUCAAUUUGCAAAUCACACGAGAAUACCCAUCUCUAUCAAAACAAAUCAUCUCUAACUGUGUCUGACACACAAGUUUAACAUGCUUAAGGCAUUUUAAAGAAGGGGCAAAAAGGGAAUAUAAUAGAUAAAUGAUUUAUUUAGUUUAUUAAAGGAGAGUAGAAGAAAACGAACUUGAAGCGUGAGAAAUGAAGAAAUCUGGAAUUCUUGCAGCCUCUAUCUCUGCAGUCGCUUCCGCCACGGCCAUCUCCGCCGCGUCUACCAACACCUCCCUAUCAUUCUCUUUGCCGGAAACCAAUCUUUCCCGCCAGGAUUCAAAAGAAAAACAGAGGAAGAAGAAAGGUUCGGAAGAUGAAGGAGAUGAAAAGUUUGCUCCAAGGUUUGAUGGGUUAAGAUUCAUCGAGACGCUUGUUACUGCUCAUCGGUGACCUUUUCCAUUAUUCUCAUUUGUCAGAGUUUGCUAUAUUUUUUUCUCCAAUUGAUCAAAAAAACAACAAAAAUUACUGAUUUAAAUGUUUCUUUUUUUUUUCAUCUCAUUAUAGUAACUUUGGGUUAAUAUGUAACACCCUGGAAAACUUUAUACACCACCAAGAGGCAUGUUCCUA